AUGAAGGAUGAACAUGUCUUCCUGUUAACACGACUCAUCGUUGGGGUCAUCUUGAGAUACGGGACUCCUUCGACCAGUGGCCAUGAUAAACCCUUCAGCUGCUCGCAGGAGAGCCGCCCAUUCACAACCCUGUUGGUUAACAUCAGCGGCAAGUUCUUUGAGUAUACUCUCAAAGGGGAGAUAAGCCCUGGGAAGAUCCACAACGUGGAGCAAAACGACAUGUUGCGAAAGGUAACAUUUGACCCAGAAGUUUUUUUCAACAUUCUGUUGCCUCCUAUUAUUUUUCAUGCUGGUUAUAGCCUGAAGAAGAGACACUUUUUCAGGAAUUUGGGCUCGAUUUUGGCUUAUGCCUUUUUAGGAACAGCAGUCUCUUGUUUUAUUAUUGGGAAUCUCAUGUAUGGUGUUGUGAAAUUAAUGAAGUUGGUGGGACAGCUGUCUGAUAAGUUCUACUAUACAGACUGCCUCCUUUUUGGAGCAAUAAUAUCUGCCACUGAUCCAGUUACCGUGCUAGCAAUAUUUAAUGAGCUGCAUGCUGAUGUCGAUCUCUAUGCCCUUCUGUUUGGGGAGAGUGUUUUGAAUGAUGCUGUUGCCAUUGUAUUAUCUUCAUCUAUAGUCGCCUACCAGCCAACAGGGGAAAAUACCCAUGCUUUUGAUGCGGCAGCAUUUUUCAAAUCAGUUGGUGUUUUCCUGGGAAUAUUCAGUGGCUCUUUCAUGAUGGGAGCAGUGACGGGUGUUGUGACAGCUCUGGUGACCAAGUUUACCAAGUUGCACUGCUUCCCCCUGCUGGAAACAGCUCUCUUCUUCCUGAUGUCCUGGAGCACUUUCUUACUAGCAGAAGCUUGCGGAUUUACUGGUGUAGUAGCUGUCCUCUUCUGUGGAAUUACCCAGGCUCACUAUACAUACAAUAACUUGUCAGUUGAAUCAAGAAGUCGUACUAAACAGCUCUUUGAGGUAUUGCACUUCCUGGCUGAGAACUUCAUAUUUUCAUAUAUGGGUCUGGCGCUGUUUACUUUCCAGAAACACAUAUUCAGCCCAGUUUUCAUCAUUGGAGCUUUUGUUGCAAUCUUUCUGGGCAGAGCUGCACACAUCUACCCUCUCUCCUUCUUAUUGAAUCUGGGCAGAAGGCAUAAGAUCAGCUGGAGCUUUCAGCACAUGAUGAUGUUUUCAGGUCUCCGGGGAGCCAUGGCAUUUGCUCUGGCCAUCCGAGAUACUGCUACUUACUCGCAUCAGAUGAUGUUCUCAACGACUCUCCUUAUCGUCUUCUUCACCGUCUGGAUUGUGGGGGGAGGCACAACCCCCAUGCUCUCCUGGCUGAACAUCAGAGUCGGUGACCACGUUGCAUCGGUGGAAGAGAUGAACGAAAGCCGCUGGCUGUAUUUCAGAGUUGGAGUUGACCCAGAUCAGGAUCCUCCACCUACUAAUGACAGCUUUCAAGUCUUACAAGGAGAUGGCCCAGAUUCUGAAAGAAGGAACAGGACAAAGCAGGAAAGUGCUUGGCUCUUCAGGCUGUGGUAUAGCUUUGACCAUAAUUAUUUAAAGCCAAUUCUCACUCACAGCGGCCCUCCGUUAACCACAACUCUGCCGAGCUGGUGUGGUCUGGUAGCUCGCUGUCUGACAAGUCCUCAGGUUUAUGAUAAUCAAGAACAACUUAGAGAAGAGGAUUCUGACUUUAUUCUGAAUGAUGGUGACCUCACUGUGACAUACGGUGAUACCACGAUAACUGCUAAUGGUUCUUCUGGCCCUCAUACAGCUACCACCAGCCUCGAUGGCAGGAGAACAAAAAGUAGCUCAGAGGAGGCUCUGGAACGUGAUUUGGGAGCAGCUGAUCAUGAAGUCGCGAGCAGGGGCACCCGGCUAGUGUUUCCUCUGGAAGACAACGCGUGAUUACGGACUCAGCAAACACAGCUCCUGCUCUGCUGAUGGAUCAAGGAAGACUGCAGGCCACCGUGUCACUUGAGGUGGGGGUGUUUAUCUAAACAAGCUAACACGUCUAAGUGCUUUUACUAUGGUCUGAAGAUGUCAAACUUGACCUGUUUUUUUACUCGAAAUGCUGACAGUGGGGUUUUCUAAAUGUCUUGAAAACAGACAAAUUUGGAAACCGGUCAUUCCCUUCUCUCAAACCACAUACUGAAUCUGAGUACACGUAGCAUGCUGCAAUUGUGUUGUUCAGCUGCAGCUGCAGCAGCGCUCUCGGGGGAGAGGUGUGUGAAAACAUUGCCACAGAACUGAGCUUGUCUUGGUUUAGCUUGGGAAUGCAGGAGAGGAAAUAGAGACAAGAUGAUUAUUAUGAGAUAAAAAGGGAUGUGUGUGUAUUAUCUGAGUGUGGAGAGAUGCACUCUUCAUUUCUCCAGUGAGCUUCAGGAAACUAGACAUAAAA